AUGAGGCUGCCCGAUGGCCAGAAUGCCUCGACGGCAGAAACGCGCCAGAGAUCCUUUUCGCUCGAGCGAAAGCACAAGACCGGAUUCGCGAUGACCCAAUUUGGAAUCGGUGCUCCCUUCAGCGCAUUCAACACGUACAUCACCUAUCAGAUGCAGAUCGUUGGGUACACGAUUGGAAACGAGCCAGGACAGCCGCGAGGCUCGGGCUGUUCGCUGCUGGCAACUGCGUGCGAGGUGCCCUUUGGCACGAACAGCUUCAUCAAUUAUGUCUCGUUCAACAACUACAUCAACGCGAUCACCUACGUGUCCACUGGCGUGCUGAUACUCGCUCUCUCCGGCAUCGGAGACCGCAUGGGCUACAAGAGGGAGCAGUAUGUGCUCCUGACCAUCGCUUAUGCUUCCCUUGCUCUACCCUCCGCGGCGCUCACAAAGGUUGACAGCUCCACCUUUGCCGCCCUCGCCGCUCUCUACGUCGUUUUCAACCUCCUCGGCUUCCUGGCGGGAAAUUGGGCCAAGUAUGUCGUACCAUACGUCAUGUUCAGCUGCUAUGACAAUGGAAAAGACGAGGGUCAUCAAGAACAGCCCUCUGGCCUCGCAACUCUGCCAUGCGAGCCACUACGCGCCACGCGUGAAAUUAAGGGGACAAAGGCAGCGGUAUGGGGUAGCAAUGCGCUCAGCAUUGGGCAGAUCGCCGUUCUGCUCCUCACUAUUGGCAUUUCUUACGUCUCGGCAUCCUCUGCUGGGCUUUACGUGUCGACAGCAGCCGGCGUGAUAAGCAUCGUCAUCACUCUACCGGCGUGGCUCCUGCUUCCGAAAGCUGCCCCAGCACCACAUGCCCGAGGUUCCACGAAUGUCUUCUGCGCCCCCUUCCAGGCGGUGCUCGAUCUGCUUCGAGGCAUCAGCAAAUAUCCCCAGGCAUUUAAGCUGCUAGUCUCGUACACCAUCUAUGCCGACGCCGCGCUCGUCCUUGGUGGAGUAACGGGGAGCCUGUACACAUUAAACGUAUCGCGUGACAUCCGCAUCUACACGGUCUACGCACUAGUCCAGCCCGCGUCAGCUUUACUCGCCGGGAUGUUCUCCGCCUGGGCUUACCCAACAAUCCUGCGCAGAUGUCUUCCGUCAUCCAACUCUGCGCUUAAGGCCGUGAUGCUGGUCACUCUGGCCGUGAACUUGUUUGUUGCCGUGUGGUGUUGCAUCGGCAUUUCGCCGCGCAGUCGAAUCGGCUUCAAACAACCUUGGGAGUUCUACCUUUGGCAAGCAGUGCAGGGCUUCACCGGAGCGCUUAUCAACUUCUCCUUCACCGUCCUCUUUGCGCAGCUUUCGCCUCGCGGUCGCGAGAUCGAAUACUUUGGUUUCCAGACGGUGCUGUCUUGCGCCACCAUCUGGAUCCCGCAAAUCGUCAAUGGCCCCAUUGUAACAGCAACAAACAUCACCAGAUUGCCAGCAGCAGUUUGUGCGGCAACCCUGCUCGGCGCUCUUGGAUUGGCUUUCUGGUGUGACGAUACAAAAGGCGUCCGCCUCAUCCAGGAAGAGCAGGCGGAUCGUCCUUGA